AUGUUAACUCUCCUGCAGCUCAACAGGCAUAUAGACGAUGCCCACCAGGAGCUUCCCGAGUUCGAGCAGGACGAGGUGAAGACCUGGUUUGACAAACAGGUCCUCAAAGCCAAGCGCUUUCAGCCUUUGUCCAUCAUCAACUCGAAGCUGCGCGGCCUGGAAGUCUUCGAGUCCAACGAGUCACUUCCGCUCGCUGCGCCACAGCUGCCGACGGCUGGCCCAAGACCUGUCGACGCCGUCAUCGACCCCGAGGAGCUGGUUACUAGGAAGCACUGGCAGAGACCGACAGGAAAUGACAUGUGCACAGAUCCUCCAUGCGGCAAGCGGCUAGGUCCCUUGAAUGGGAGUGUCAACUGCAGGAAAUGCGGGCGUCUCUUUUGUGAAGAACAUACCAUGUAUCAGAUCAAGCUCUCAAGGUCCGCCGCUCACGAUCCUGUCAGGGGCUACUGGUGCCGUGUGUGCGAGACAUGCUACAAGACGCGGGACGGCUACAAUGAUCAUAAUGGCGUUCUUAUAGACCACACGAACGAUUUUAUUUCGAUCCGACGCAAGAAGGUGGAGAGACACAAUCUGGAGAUCCAGCGGUUAGAAAAGCGGUUGACCAAACUGACUCAACUGCUGGCGAAUCCGCCCGAAGAGGUAGCAACCAACGGGGGCGGCCUACUCUCACCAGUCACAUCACUGGCAGGCCAGAGGAAUCCACGCAAGCUCCUCGAGCAAUCAGUAGUGACCUGGGAGGACGACGCGUCAGUGGCCAAAUGUCCAUUCUGCCAACAGGAGUUUGGUUCCUGGUCGUUCAGGAGACAUCACUGCCGGAUAUGUGGGAGAGUGGUUUGCGCGGACCCGCAGACUGGCUGCUCAAGCGAAGUCGGUUUGAGUGUUGCAAGUGCGACACCUACACUGCAAGGCUCUGAGAAGACUGGGAACUCAGCAGCCGCACAGGUUAGUAUAGACAUUCGUAUGUGCCGGGACUGCAAGUCAACUAUUUUUUCAAAACGAGACUUUACCGAGUCGAUCGUACACAAGCCUCCAGAUCAAAAAGCGUAUGAGACGCUCCGUCAGUUUGAGCGCGGUAUUCGGCAGCUCAUGCCCUCUUUCCAAAGGGCCUUACUCGCCCUCCAACCCCCCGACGACGAAUUCUCUCUUGAGAAGCCGCCACCAACACACGCGCAGAUUCAGGAAGCUGCAAAGAUUCGCAAGAGACUUACGGAUAGCUUCACCAAGUACGAUCUUGCAGCUAAGAGGAUACGCGACAUGAAAACAACUAGUCAGACACAACUAAGGUUGCAAAAGGCGAUAUAUGCCGCAGCCAGCACCUUUCUCCACACACACAUGCUGCCAUUAAAGAGCGUGCCACGGAUGCUAAAGGAGCACUCCGCGAGCAGAUCAAAUCAUAGGCGUCUGCUCUCGGCUAUAGAUCGGACGGGCAGUGGCGUGAACCAUCUUUCUCCCCUCCGAAACGGCGAGUCAGCUGAUUCGGAGACCGCCAGUCUUGCAGGAGGCAGUGAGACGAGUACGGUCGUCUCUGCACUCGAGACGGAAGAGAAGGAACUGCGAGAGAGGUUAGUGGUGCUUGAGGAGCAGCGAUUCAUGGUCAAAGACAUGAUCAAGAAUGCAAGGGGAGCACGGAGAUUCGAGGAGGUCAGCGCCCUUACGAGAAACGUGGAAGAGUUGGAUGCAGAGAUUCAAUCUUUGACCAAGAAGGUCAGCGGUGUGGAAGAGAGGUGGGAAGGUCUAUACGCAGCCGGUACUACCGGACCUUGA